AUGGAAGACGUUAAUCACUUGGAUACUUCUAACGAUCUAGAUUCAGUUCCACAGACAUACAAGAGUGAAAAAGCUGUGUGUGAUGAAACGGUAACUGAAGAAAGAUCAUCAAACAGAAAUCUUACUGAAUAUAGCUGUGAUAUUUGUAGCAAAACAUUUCCUUCCGAACAGGAAGCCUUCACGCACAAAGAAAUACACAAGACAGAAAAACCUUAUUGUGAAAUUUGUGAGAAAUUUUUCUUAAGAGAUUCUCAUUUUGUUAUCCACAAACGUAUCCACACUGGAGAAAAACCGUUUCAUUGUGAACUAUGUAAAAAAUCUUUUAUUUCUAACAGCGAUUUAAAAAGACACAGACGAAUACAUACCGGGGAAAAACGGUUUCACUGCGAAAUAUGUGGAGAAGCAUUUAUAGAAAGAUCAAAACUUGCUAUUCACAUACGUCGUCAUACUGGAGAAAAACCGUUCGAAUGUGAAAUAUGUAAGAAAUCGUUUGUUACUAACGGUGAAUUAACAAAACACACCACUUCACACACUCGGGAAAAACCAUUCCACUGUAAAAUAUGCGGGGGAACUUUCAUUGAUAGUUCAAAACUUGUUAUUCACAUACGCCGUCAUACGGGAGAGAAACCAUUCCAUUGUGAAAUAUGUACGAAAUCAUUUGUCAGUAACGGUGAGUUAAGAAAACACGAGGCUGUGCAUACUCCACAAAAACCAUUUCACUGUGAAAUGUGUGGGAAAGCUUUCGUUAGUGAUGCAGAUCUUGUUAUUCACACAUGUAAGCACGCUGGGGGGAAACCUUAUCACUGUGAUGUGUGUGGGAAAUCGUUUAAAUCUGACAGUUACUUAACAAAACACAGAAUCAGACACACUGGAAACAAACGCUUUCACUGUGAAAUGUGUGGGAAGUCUUUCGCCUCUAAGAAUAAUGUAGUAAAACACGAAAGAAGACACACUGGGGAGAAUCUGGUUUACUGUGAAACGUGUGGAAAAUCGUUUGUCACCAAAGACGACUUAAACAAACACAAAAGAAUUCACACUGGAGAAAACCCUUUUCCCUGUGAAAUCUGUGGGACCUAUUUUCUCGAUUUUAGUCAUUUAACAACGCAUAAAAGAAUACAUACGGGAGAAAGGCCGUUUCUCUGUGACAUUUGUGGAAAAUCUUUUGCUCAGAAUUCCUAUUUUAUCGUUCACAAAAGAAUUCAUACUGGAGAAAAACCUUACCGUUGCGAAAUCUGUGGAAAGUGUUUUGUAUGUAAAAGUGAUUUAUCAACUCAUGAAAGAACACAUACUGGAUUAAAACCGUUUGAUUGUAAAAUAUGUGGCAAAGCAUUUGCUCGGAAUUCGAAUCUUAUAGUUCACAGAAGAAUACAUACUGGGGAUAAACCUUUUCAUUGCGAAGCUUGUGGGAAACCAUUUACCUCAAACAGUGAUUUGACGAUACACAGACGAAUACACACUGGGGAAAAACCCUUUCACUGUAAUAUAUGUGGGAAAAAAUUUAUUGCACACAGUCACUUAAAAAGACAUGUACAAGUACAUACAAGCGAGGGGCCUAUCAUAUAUGAAACGUGA